CUUAAUGAACAGAUUGUUCUAAUGCAUAGAUCUGUCAUAAUUCUGAUAUUAUAUAUACUAAUUUAUAUCGAAUGCAUUAAAAUUGGAUCAUUCAAUAUUCAAGUAUUUGGACGAAAGAAAGUUUCUCAAAAAGAUGUUUUGAAGGUAUUGGUCCAGAUUUUAUCUAGAUAUGAUUUAGUUGCUAUUCAAGAAAUUCGUGAUGCCAGCGAAACUUCAUUCAAACACCUCGUCAAUGAAUUGAAUGAAUAUGCGGGUGGUAUUUACAAAUCGAAAUUAAGUGAGAAACUUGGUAGAACUCAGUCAAAAGAACAAUAUGGACUAAUCUACAAGCCUGCUCUAUUUAGGAUUGAAGAAAUGGUAAUAUUUUCACAUCAGAAAAAUCUGUUCGAAAGACCACCAAUGGCUGUACAAAUAUAUAUGAAACAUUCUGCCGUAAAUAUGUUUGGUUUAAUUGUUGUACAUUUGGAUCCAGACAGUGUUGUUCAAGAAGCUAAUCAACUUUACGCUUUUGCUAAAGAAGUUAUGAAAAUGUGGAAGACACAGAAUCUUAUUAUUUUGGGUGAUAUGAAUGCUGAUUGUGGUUAUCUAUCCAAAAAGAAAAUGUUACAACUUCAUUUACGAAAGGAUACAGAAUUCAUUUGGGCUAUUCCUGAUAAAUAUGAUACAACUUUAGGUAAAGGUGAUUGUGCAUAUGACAGAAUAAUUACACAUGGUAAACAAAUGAAACAAGCAAUUAAACCAGGAAGCACGAAAGCUUAUCAAUUUCCAAAUGAAUUAAAAAUUAGUAAUCAACUGGCCAAACAAGUCAGUGAUCAUUAUCCAAUAGAAAUGGAAAUUAAUUAAACCUAUUUUCUAUUUAUUGUUAAGAUAAUUAUGUUGAACAAUGUUUCCUUAAUGUUAUGGUCAAGGAUUUUAUGCCUAUAUUAGUUCAUUGUUAUUUUGUCAUAUCAUUUUAUUCCAUAUACUCAAAGAUGUUGAAAAUAUACUUAUAUGCAAUACGUUUGAGCUUAAA